AAAGCUAACGUGACCAUGGGAGAUAUGAAGACUCCAGACUUCGAUGAUCUGCUUGCCGCCUUUGACAUACCAGAUAUGGUUGACCCAAAAGCGGCUAUUGAAUCUGGCCACGAAGAUCAUGACAGCCAUAUAAAGCAGAAUGUCCAUCCGGAGGAUGAUUCCCAUGCACCCUCCUCAUCUGACGUGGGUGUAAGUGUCAUUGUGAAAAAUGUGCGGACAAUUGAUUCCUCUGAAGGAGCGGAGAAAGACAACCACCAUUCCACAGGCAACGGGUUGCACAACGGUUUCUUAACGGUAUCCGCUCUAGAAAGUUUUAAUAAAGAGGAAGGCAAAUCACUCAAAGACGAGGGCACCGUCUCGGAAAAUACACUGAAAGAGUCUGCCUUUAACCAAUUUAGUCCCAUCUCAAGUGCUGAAGAGUUUGACGACGAUGAAAAAAUCGAGGUGGACGACCCCCCAGAUAAAGAGGACAUGCGUGGAAACUUCAGAACAAAUGUAUUAACAAGGUCUGUCUCCCAGCAGGACUAUGAGAAGUUAAAAGUACUUGGAGGAGAAAACCUGAUGAAACACGGAGUUGCAGGUUCAGGUAAUUCUGAUAAACCCAAGGUGUCUAAAAGAGACUCGGAAACAAACCCAUCGCCUUUAGGUCACUAUGAACCCUUUAAAGCUAGGAAGAUAGAUGACAAGCUGCUUAAAGAAAACUCCGAGAAGGUCCUGGAAAACAGAGCAGUCGAUGGGAAAAUAAAUACGGAGAAAGGAGACUCAACCCUUACCAGUCUUUCCCAGGCUAAAGCAAAAUCCUCAGCAAAACUCUCUUCCUGUAUUGCCGCAAUUGCAGCUCUAAGUGCUAAAAAAGCAGCCACGGACACUGGCAAAGACCCACAAUCCAAUUCAAGGGGAUCCUCUCCCUUGCAGAAAGAUACCAGUGAAAGCCCCCGCGCUGUGGACAAAUCCCCCGAGUCUCAGAGUCUCAUUGACUGUGCAAAAAAGCCCCCCGUCAAACAACCCGACAGUCCCAGGAGUAUAUCAAGUGAAAACAGCAGCAAAGGUUCCCCACCAUCGCCUGCAGGCUCGACGCCAGCUAUCCCCAAAGUGCGCAUCAAAACCAUCAAGACGUCCUCGGGGGAGAUCAAGAGAACGGUCACGCGUGUGUUGCCCGAAGUUGAUUUGGACAGCAGUAGGAAACCAGAGCAAGCAGCUUCCAUGGUGGCUUCUGUGACGUCGUUGCUGUCUUCCCCGACUUCUGCUGCAGUUCUUUCUUCUCCCCCCAGGGCACCUCUCCAAUCAACAGUGGUCACCAACGCGGUGGCUUCUGCGGAGCUCACUCCCAAACAAGUCACCAUUAAGCCUGUGGCAACUGCUUUCCUUCCCGUUUCGGCUGUCAAGACGGCAGGGUCACAGGUGAUCAAUCUGAAACUCGCAAACAACACCACGGUGAAAGCCACUGUCAUAUCCGCUGCUUCAGUGCAAAGCGCCAGCAGCGCCAUCAUCAAAGCCGCCAACGCUAUACAGCAGCAAACAGUUGUGGUGCCCGCCUCAAGCCUUGCCAGCGCAAAACUUGUGCCAAAGACGGUCCAUCUUGCCAACCUUAACCUACUGCCUCAAAGUGCUCAGGCCACCUCCGAACUCCGCCAAGUGCUCACGAAACCUCAGCAACAGAUCAAGCAGGCAAUAAUUUCCGCAGCAGCGUCUCAGCCUUCGAAAAAAGUGUCUCGGGUUCAGGUGGUGUCCUCUCUCCAGAGCUCUGUCGUUGAAGCUUUCAACAAGGUGCUCAGCAGUGUUAACCCCGUCCCGGUUUAUAUCCCGAACCUUAGCCCUCCUAUAAAUGCGGGCAUCGCUUUACCCACACGCGGUUACAAGUGUUUGGAAUGCGGCGACUCCUUUGCCCUUGAAAAAAGCCUGGCCCAGCACUACGACCGGAGGAGCGUGCGGAUCGAAGUCACCUGUAACCACUGCACAAAAAACCUGGUUUUCUAUAACAAAUGCAGCCUCCUUUCUCAUGCACGGGGUCACAAAGAGAAAGGGGUGGUGAUGCAGUGUUCCCAUUUGAUUCUGAAGCCAGUUCCUGCCGAUCAGAUGAUAGCUUCUCCCACAAGCAAUAGUUCUGUUACGUCGUCCAUUCUUCAGAAUCCGACCGGAGUGGGCACCCACACCAUAACCAAGAUCCAGUCCAGCAUAACUGGGACAGUCAUAUCGGCUCCUUCAAGUACGCCUGUUCCACCCGCCAUGCCUCUAGAUGAAGACUCUUCGAAGUUGUGCAGGCAUAGUCUGAAGUGUUUGGAAUGUAAUGAAGUUUUCCAAGAUGAAACGUCUUUAGCCACCCACUUCCAGCAGGCUGCAGACUCAAGUGGACAAGGCAGAAUUGACUACUAUAAUGGAAUCUGUGUUCCUGAUUCCUGCCAAGAAGAGGAAAUUACAGCAUUAGCCACAUUGGGUAUAUUUAAAUUCAAGUCCACCUCCUUCCUCUUGCCUCUCCCAUCCCUCUUUGCUCUCAACGCAAGCAUUUCAUUUAACACGGUGGCCAGAUGUGCCAAAGACCUUUCUACCAUUGAUGCAUUCACAGGGGUCUGCUUGUUUAUUAGUGUUUUAUUCAUCAUUCUGCCAGUUGCUGGAACUAUGUACAAUGCUCAUCUCUGGAGGAAAGCUAAGGACAACAAACAGCCUUCAGAUGCAAAUUAUGGCAGCACGUCUUCAACCCAAAAACAUACUAGUACAUCCAAAACAGAGACGACACAGACUGACGAAUCCCUAUCAGGGAUAUUGCCACUGGUAGAUGGUUCAAAACAAA